AUGACUUAUCCACAUUCAGAGAUGUUCCAUUUUGAUGAGUGGUCUCGAUUGUCACAGCUUGCUUCAGAACUUCUGCCGACAUCAAGCAGUUGCCUGCGGAAUUAUCUGAUUCAGCAUUACGGGGAGGCCAACAUUUGUGAAGAUGCGGUUCUCGUGAGGGCAAAGGUCCUUAGCCCCAAUGAUCCUUCUUUCCAUUGUCAGAAUGAACUGGCUCGCACAGUAGUCCUUCGGCUCCGGCAUUCAGACUGGGACUUGUGCCGUUGUUCUGCAGGACCAUUGAAGGCAAUACAGGUUGCGAUUUGGGAAGAAGCCUCCCAGUGGAUCAUGGAUUGCACCGGCAUUCAUAGUGUCUUGGUUCAGACAGUGCCUGUCCUCACAGGCGAAUGCUUGGCAGUGGCGGAGAUAUUCUCUGGAGGAUUUUCAGGGUGGAAGCAGGCUAGCUGGGUCUUGCAUAAGGCAAAGCUUCCCGUCAGUUUGAGAUGGACUGUGGACAUUGACGAGGAGUGUGUUCCCAUGCAGACCCGUAGACAUCCUGCCACUCUCGUAGUUUCAGAGGCUGGUCACUUGGAUGAGUUCCAUGAGUCUCCGGUUGAACCCAUACAUGUUUGUGCGAAUGUCAGCCGGAACUGGUGGAUGCGAUGUCAGUCCAUUGCGCCAGUCAAUGUGUUUGCAGUCUCGCCGCCUUGUCAGCCCUGGUCCACAGCAGCCAAAGCCUUAGGUCUUCAGGUGGAAGACGGAAGAUUGAUUCUGAGGGCAGCAGAGGUUGCAGGAGGCCUCCAGAUUCCAGUAGUCCUCAUAGAGCAGUUGGCGGGCUUCACACAGCAUGAGCAUUAUCAACAGGUUCUUGCAGUAUGGGAAGGGCAUGGGUACUCUGUUGUUUGGAGGGAUACAAUGGAUUUGGUUGAUGUCCUACCAGCACAUCGCAGUCGACAUUUGAUUCUAUUCCGACACUCCACGUGCGCAUGUCAGAAUAUAGUGAAUAAGGUCAUGUGGUGUCAAGCUUCUCGAACUUCCUUGGCCAGUGCGAAGGCUCUGUUUUCACUGCCACCCUCCAUCUUGGAAAGCUGUCUCCUCGAUCAGUUUACCAUGCAAAAGUAUAUGGAUCCCUGGUAUUUGCCACCAAGCCGGUCUGCCGGUCAAGAGCCGCGAGACCCCGAAAAGGAAAGAAUCUGCAAGCCCACAGGGGUUGCUGGUUGUUUUAUGGCACAAUAUCAACAGCAGCACCUUCUUCCUGAAGAUCAGAUCUCCUCAAAGGGGCUUUUCGGCUUUUUGGUUCGGCAUCAGGGACUUGACAGAUUCUUUGCUGGCCCCGAGAUAGCAUCGUUACAGGGAGCUGUUCUACCUGUUUUCCUUCACCCCGAUACCCCCACCCAGAUGAGGUUGCUUGGGAAUGCUAUUGCGGUUCCUCAUGCGGUUGUGGGUCUGACUUACGCAGCCCAAGCUCUGGGGAUUAAGACUUUGCCUGAGCCGCCGUUGGCGGUCAAGAUGUGUCUAGCACAGCGUUUGCACAGCGAGAACACUUUCCUGCUCCCGCUUUCAGAAGGCUGGCUGAUGUGUAACAAAGCCCAUGUUGCAGACGUCGUGCAAGAUACAGCACUCCGGAACAUGCACUGGCUGCGCAACCCAGACAUGAGCCAGUUUGUUGACAUCUUGAUCCAAGGCCCUUCAAAGACCCUCGUUGUUAAAGGCCCCAAGUUCAGCCGCCCGGACCAUGUGCUGGGACACUUGGGAUGUGCGCAAGCAAUCUCUCUUUUGCCUGAGAAUAUUGCGCAUCGACUCGAGGCCAUGACAGUUCAAGUGCAGCGUGACAUUUGUUUGAACUUGGGCGGGCUUGUUGCCAGCACUGAGAAGCGUGACAAUUUUGCAUCAAUCCUCACAAGUCAAGACAUGUAUGUUGUCGAGUUGACUUCGCCGUGUCUCUGGCCUCAGCUUUUGCAAAUUCACCAGGAGUUGGAUGGUGCUAAAGGCAGCACUCUAGUUCUCUUCAACUUGGCCGGCCAGAGAAUCGCAAACGAAGAAGCUUUUUCUCAUUGCAUGCUGGCUGCGGUUGAGGAUGAUGAAAUCCCGUUUGUGCCAUUAAAGCAAUUGGCAAAGCAUGUCCCGUUCCUUGCGUUGGAAAAAGUUUCGUCAGGGUAUGUCAUCCGCAUUCCGCCAGAGCUUGCGCCAGAAGUGUGGAUUUCUCUGCCUUUGUCAGUCCUCUCAGCUCUUGGUUGGGAUGCUCAAAUUUGGCCAGGCACGUACGGCCAGCCUCCCCGUACUCUGGUCACGUUGCUUCCUUUUCCUGAAAGAGUGGCAAUGCCUCCAGACUUGUUUCCAGGACAAUGGCGACAAUUGCUCGUGACUGCCUGUUUGGAUGCAAUUGCUGUGAAUGCCAAGUCCCAAGACGCAGUUCAGGUCGAGGUUCAGGUAGUGGCCCGAAGGGUUUGGAUAGGCUACCUACCUUCAGACUUCAAACCAGACGUGCUAGGGUGCUUUUGGAAAACCAUUUCCGCCAUGAACAGCUUGCCUGAAGGGUGUAGAGUGUUCUCCGGCCCAUUCCCCUUUGAAGGUGAACCCACAGUUGCAGAUCUGUUGUCAGACAUCAGACACAAGGUGGUCCGUCGACGCAACGGCUCUCUAGUGCUCACAAUCCACCCUGAAAUCCGCGGUGGCGGAGCAAAAACCGAAGGAGACAAUUGGACCAAAACACGACUUGCCUCAGCCGCCCUUGCCCAGGGUAUUUCCUUGCAAGCAACUACGCUCUUCGUUGAUGCCCUUGUGGACGCAGCAGGUAGGCAAGCAACUGGCAAGGUAGUUAGUGUGCCCGCCAAGGACAGAUGGAAGGCCAUUGUGUCCCUCGCUGAAGCAAAUCGGGUCAGCUGUCCAAGCCCUUCAAGUGACUUUGCUAAGGUCGACCAGCGCAAAAAGCGACAAGCCAAAGCAAAACCCUCCAUUCCAGCUGCUCCCUGCGCUGCGGACGUGAAGUUGCCCGCCACUCAUUUCUUCAACGCCGAUGGCUCCCACGCACAGCUGUUGAGCUCAGUGUCCCCAGGUGCAUCUGGGCUCCUGCUUGUCGAUGGUGGGGUUGCUGCAGAGUUGCUUUCAACGCUUCAGGGUGUCCAGCCGGACGAACUCGCCUUGCUGAUUCUGGGGCACGAGUGUCCCGAUAGCAAAACAUGCAGCGGUCCUAUCUUGUUUCCAGCAAACAAUCGCCACGAUGGGUGCCCGCUGCUGCUUGCAGGGUGUUUGCAUAAUUUAGGGGGUCGUAAGAUCACCUUCAAGCACCCGAAUGCUGCUGAAGUCGAGCUUCCGGAAAUCCUCAUUUGCCAGUUCUCGAUGUUCCAAGACGAAUUUGACGCAGCCCAGUGGAGUCAGGUCUUGCAGGCGCCAGUCAAGAGUGCCGUGGAGCGAUUCCAGCGCGCGGGAGUGGACCGUAUCCUUACCAGCCCUUGGGGCCGAGUCUUCAUGCAUGAGGGCCGCCCGGCAACACCGGCUCUUGCAACGACAGCUUCUUUUCAGGCGAAAAUACAGGCCAAGGAACUGGAUCGGGUCCUAGUGUUGAGCGGCCACAACAACGUGUUCAUGACACCCCGCAAAGCAGACCGUACGAUUUUCCCCGGCUAUUCAGUUGUGUGGUUGGGUUCCUGCCGUGCAGAUGCCAUCAAAGAAUCCCUGAGGGUGCCACAACAACUUGGACUUGUGCGGUCUAAGGACAGGUACGGUAUUAGGGUCCCUGACUCAUGUUUUACCGAAGUGUUCGCGUUGCUUCGGCCAGGCCAGGUUGCACCUCAACGCCUGACAGUCCGAUCCCUGUUUCGGCUCGGGCCGGUCCCUCCCGGGGCAGAAGCAGAAGCUUUGCGCACUUGGGCCUCCAAAAUUGGCUGGGACAUUCGUGUGCUAAAAAACUUGGGCCCCACGCAUUUCCUUGUCGGCUCUGCCUCCCCCCCUCCUGCCGCUUAUCCAGCGUUUAACGGGCAGACAAUCUUGAUCCAACCAGUGCAAGGCCGUGCUCAAGUCCCAUCCAUUGUGCAGUCAGGAUCCUUUCGGUCCUCAUUCAGCAGUGCAGAAACAUCGGGAAACAAAAUCUCGGCUGACGAUCCCUGGCUCCAUUCUGACCCUUGGAGCCAGGCCAUCAUGGGACCAAGGCCGUCGAGUGCGAAGCAUCCAUCUCAGAGCCUCUCUCCCCCAGAGGAAAGGAAGCUCCAGGGGCCUACAGAAAGCCGCUUUCAACAGCAAGAGCAACGCUUGCUGGCUCUUGAGAAUAGUCUCCAAACCAUGCGUUCCGAGCAAGAUGCCCACAUGCGCCAAGCAGAAGCUCACCGCAAGGAGGACCGAGGACUCGUUCAGCAGGAGUUACUGGACAUUCGCCACAACGUCCAGCAGUUGGGACAUGACCUUGCCAGCCAACUUAAGUCCACUGUCGAAGCGUUGCAAGGGGCCCAAGCUCAGCAACAGUCCCAGAUGAACCAGAGUCUGGAGGAACUGAAGGCGCUGAUGAUGUCCUGCCGGGACAACCGAGACCCUCACAAGAAGGCAAAAAAGGAUCCGGAUGAUCUGAACCCACUGGGAGCGGUUCCAGAUGAUGCCUUCAUUUUGCUUGCCCGAAGAGGUGGCGUCCAGUCAGACCAAUCUGUUCCGCACAUACGCGUACGCGACCUGGGUUCGGGGUUCAUGAUCCACACUGCCGCUUUGAAUAAGCAAAACGAGUUCUUUAGUUCGGUUUACGCCUCUCCAGCCACUUUGCAGAUCAACUACCAGGGCGGCAACUCCCUGGCUCAGGGUCCCUGGUACGUUGACACACAGAUGACCAAUCUCAGCCUCCUGCCUUUACUGGUCCCGCGCUCUCCAGUGCCAGAUCUGGGGUGCAACUCCCUGGUUCAGGGUCCUUGGUCGGUAGAGUCGGUAGCAACACUGCCACAACCAGCUCUCGCCAUAGCCAGGCCCGAAUCCUGCAACCAGCCACAAUGUUCACUAUGGCACUGCGUGCUUGCAGAUCAGGGGUGCAACUCCCUGGUUCAGGGUCCCUGGUUCUGCAAAUCACGCUCCAGGUGCCUCGCCUUUGAAAGCAAUUUCAGAUUCUCGCCGCUAGUGAAAUCGUGCUUCCCAGUUACAGAUCAGGGGUGCAACUCCCUGGUUCAGGGUCCCUGGUCGGCCAACUCGGUAGCACUGCUGCAAAAACCUGCUGUCGCCGCCAGGCUUAAAUUCCGCCUCCAGCCACUGCCAAAAGCCUUCCCUUGCGUGCUUGCAGAUCAGGGGUGCAACUCCCUGGCUCAGGGUCCCUGGUUCUGCAAAACAAGCUCCACAUGCCUUGCUGUCGCUGCGGGCAAACUUGCAUGGUCAUUCCGGACCUCCGACCUUACCUGGCCUCUGUUUGUCUUCUCAAUCCCUGAGCCCCUCAUCCCGUGUGGCGGUUCCAGCAUAUCGGCCCCUGUCUGUUUGAGAAAGUUGGACUUCAAUCCUUUUAGAGGUCAAAGGGUAGGGGAGGCCAAGAACCCAGGCCCACAGCAGGCUCUAAACCGACCUGCGGCAAACCAGCGUACCCUGCAACAGUGUUUCCACCCAACAGACAAGGUCUCAAGUUCAACGCCCGACAGUGCAGGCGUCCGGACUUGCUUGGGCGAAGUAAGUGCCAAGGACUCCAAAAACGCGUUCACAUUGGCUGUAGUAAAUCCCACUGCAGUUUUGAACAAAGAGGCCUUGGUGUUGAAACAGGCAGACGUUGUCAUGCUUUCUGAAACCUCCGCAGUGCUGCGAGCCCAACGCAUCUGCACCAUGCAGGUCCGUAGCAAAGGAGCCCACUGUGUCUGGGGCCCGCCAGUGGCUCCACAUGCCUCGGAACAUAAGGCAGGCGAGUCUCUUCGAGGUUGCGCAGCUGGUGUUGCCAUUUUCUCUAAGUUCCCUGCCCGUCCGGCAUUUCAGCCCCUGCCCCCAAUCCUGCAACAGUCUCAACGCUUUGUGGAAGCUUACCUUCGAGUCGGUUGCUUCCACUUCCGUAUAAUAACAAUGUACGGUUGGCCUGCCAACUACUCCGAUGCUGCUCGGCGCAAUGAGCAACUGUUGCAGCACGCCCUCCAAAAAGUGAGUAGUUCACCGGUGCCCACGAUCCUUGGAGGCGACCUAAAUGCAGAUUUCACAAAGUUACCUAGCUGGGGUCACCUGGCAUUCUUGGGUUAUCAGGAACUUUUUCACUUGUGGCAACAACGGACAGGGUGUGUUUUGCCGCCAACAUGCAAAGGUGCCACCAGCCACGACACAGUGUUGGUGCCUCCGCUUUUUCAGGAGCUUCUGUUGCACGCCCGUGUAGAUGAUACCAGCUUUAACUUUGAUGCACAUGCCCCUUUAAAGCUAACGUUUCGUUGUCCGGAUCAGCCCCCAAGUCUUCACUGUUGGCGUCUCCCCUCAAGCUUCAUGCAGUACUCCCCGGACUCCUCCCAUGUGGAAGCGCAGUACUGUGCUCUUAGAGGCACGGUGCUUCAAAAACUUCAGGAUUGCCAGUCGCGAGAUGAACUCGGUCAUGCUUUUACCACCUGGGCCAUGAGCUUGGAAGAGUCGAUAGACGUGGCCAUUCGGGCGUCUCAUGCGGCCGAUCCUGUCGCAAAUCCUGCGCCGUUUCUCCCCAGAAUCGCGAAGGGAAGAUGCAUCUAUCGCGAAAGAAAACAGAAGAAAUCGCCCGCAACAGCCCCGGCGGGGAGGCAUGGAGACUAUGCGCCCCCAGACGAGGCGGUCACAGUCAUGGCGCGCAGCCGCGUUCGCCAGGCGCGAAGACUUCACACCUUUUGCCAAGGCCUGGCCAAGGCUCGUUCCCAAGGCUCGCUUCACUCCUCAGUGUACCUGCAGCUGCAGAGCGAAUGGAAAGCUAUUGUUAAGGCUUCAGGGUACCCCGGUGGUUUUACUACAUGGUUGCUUCAGGUAGCGCAUUUUUCACAGUUCUAUGACGUAGCUGCAGCGUCACCGCUGUGUGCAGAUUGCUUCCCACCUGCAGCUUGGCUGGCGGAUGUUGCUGCAUAUGUCCGAUAUGACUGCGACUGCUUAGUCAAACAAGAAGCCAAGAGACGGCAGAGUCUGGCGAAGUAUAAGAUCCAGUUGGACGUGUCGUCAGGACAUUCCCGCGUGGGUUACCGUGGCCUUCGCAAGCCCGAGCGCCCUCCGCUGCAGGCCAUACCAAUCUUGCAAAAACAAACUGUGAGACUUGUGGAGAACAGUCCGGAGGGAGCAUUGUAUCGCGCACCGGCUCCUUCCUGUUUCCGUAUUGGUUGCCGUGCCCAGCUGGCAGAUCACGAAGUGGUCCUUGCAAAGUGCGUAAAGGUUGACGAAGAGGAGCUGCUGCUGAUCCCAGAUCCUUAUCUGACCUUGCCGCAACAAGCCACUCUUCAACAAGAUACUGAUGCCAGCGCACCACUUGAGCUGCACAAAGCAUUCGUGGAGUAUUGGUCCCCCAUAUGGCUCCGUGACCCUGCAAAGUCUUCUCUGAGUGACUGGGAGUCUUUUAUGGAGUCCUUGCCGCCUUCCCCGGAAGCCUCCCGCAGCUUUGAGCUGGACAUGGAGGACCUCUCCUUAUGGAAGGAACAGAUUCAAGGGUUGAAGCCAGGCCGGGCCGUAGGAUGUUGUGGGUUUUCCACUGAGGAGCUUAAGUGGCUUCCGGACACACCGCUGGCUGACCUCGUGCAGCUCUUUAGUCUUGCUUGCAAAUACGGCUGUCCGACAAGUCUCACGGGGGGUACCGUUCACACCUUAGCCAAGGUUGACAAUCCGACAUGCAUGGGGCACGGGCGACCAAUAACCGUGCUAUCCACAAUCUAUCGCCUUUGGUCGUCAGUGGCAGCCCGGGCCAUCCUCCGCAAGUGGGCUUCUUGGCUCCCAAUCUCCGUUUGCGGUAGCAUCCCAAACCGUUCCUCGCGGGAUGUGGCGUAUGUCAUUGAGGCUCAAGUUGAAAAAGCUCUGCUGAGCAAGCAGCCCAAGCACGGGUUUUCGCUCGAUAUUAUCAAGUGUUUUAACCAGCUGCCCAGAGUCCCAUUGGAGCAUUUGUUGAAACAUCUACAUUUCCCGGAGCAUAUCCUGACAAUGUGGAUGGACUUCCUGAAAAGACUGGAACGCCGUUCCGUGUUCCAUGGGGACCUCGGGUUUCCGUUUCCCAGCACAACAGGAGUCCCCGAAGGCGACCCACUGAGCGUGGUUGCACAAGUGGCCAUCUGUUGGCUUGCAGCUUCCCGCCCAUUGCCACAGGACGUUGAAUUCUGGAGUUAUGUGGACAACCUGUCAUGGUUGGGUGACGAGGAACAGUCCUUGGCGGGGGCGCUGUUGGAUGCCCAGAGUUUCUGCGAGUCCCUCAAACUCCCGAUUGAUUGGCGUAAGAGCUUCGCGUGGUCCACGUCCCCCAAGGCCCUGCAAUGGUGGCAAAAUGAGGCUCAGUUGCUGGUUCCUGCAGGGCAGUCCAUGCCAGUCCUCCAAACUGCAAAAGACCUCGGGGUUGUAUACCGAUUCAGAAAACUAGCAGGGUUCGGUCUGGCUGCUAACAGGUUUCAGGAAGGGUUUGAUAGACUUCAGCGGUUGCAGGGCACGCAGCGCCCGUUGCUCGACAAGGCCCGCCUGAUACAGACCUCCGUCUGGCCUGCCUCAAUGUACGGUAUGGAGGGCUGCGUGCCCCCGCAGGGGCAGGUGGACCGUCUCCGCACAAAUGCAGCGCAGGCCCUAAUCGGCAAGCGACACAGUGCGUCAUCCUACCUUGCGUUGAGUGCCCUCACACCACGUGUUACAGAUCCUGAGCCCUACUUGCUCGUUCAGGCAGUGUGUACGCUGCAGCGUAUGUGCCAUUCUCUGCCCGAGAUAGGUGUUCCGGUCUUGAGUCUCGCCUGUGAGGCUUGGGCUGAAGAGUUCCCAGUGUGUGGGCCUGCCACAGCACUCGCAACCAUGUUUCGCAAACAGGACUGGGUUCUGCAAUCCGGCGGGCGGUGCCAGGGGCCUGGUAACCACUCCUUCCAUGUCCUAAACUCCUCUACCAGACAGGUCCGUCAGGCUGUUCGGGGAGCAUGGUUGCAUAUAGUUGCUGUUCGCGUUCGCCACAGGAAUGGCCUGUGCCAUGCCCCGGUCCCCUGCCCGAGGAUAGUGGAUACGACCUUGCAGCAGUUUGCCCCGGGCUUGCAAGUCCACUUAGCCCAGUCUAUUGUGGGUGGACAUAUGUCCUGUGCAGCACAAGCCAAAUGGGACCCCCUGCAAGACAAAACCUGCGAAUUUUGUGGAGAGUUGGACUCCAAGUCCCACAGAAUUCUCCACUGUGCAGCCACUGCGGCAGUCCGCCAACCGUUUCAAGCGGUCUUAAACUGGAUGGGGGAGAAUGCUCCGCAUUGGAUACACUGUCCCUUUGCAACUGAGUCUGAAAGUGCGCCGUUCCUCCGCCUGCUCUGGAGCACUCGCAGGUUGCAGCAGCCUCAAGACAUACGGGGCCUUGUGUUGAAGCAUUCGCUCAAGCAACUCAUUUUCUUCACAGACGGCACCUGUAGUUCCCCUCAAGUGGAAGGUGCUCGCCAUGCAGCAUGGGCUGUCCUGCUGUAUUGCCGAACAGACAUCCGCAGUAUGUUCACAGAAUGGGCGCAUUGGAAGCAAACUGGACAAAUGCCAGCCUGCUUUUGCGUGGUUGCUCAGGGUCUGGUGCCAGCAACACAGACCAUCAAUCGCGCCGAGACCUGUGCCCUGUUGCAGACUUCCUCCUUGUGCCAGCAGUGCCCAGAUCUCCCCGCAGAGGUCUGGAGUGACUCUAAAUACGCGCUUGGCCAAGUUAGUCUCCUGCAGCGGUUCCCUGGCCGCCCCCUCCCUCUUUCAUGCGCCAUUCGUGAUCUGUGCUCCUUCGAAACGGAGGCACCUUUCGCCUCGCAUCUUAAGUUGCACAAGGUUAAGGCACAUAGCGAUGGGGAUGCGUUUCAGGGCCGGGAUCUUUUGGUUGUGUUAGGUAACCAUGUGGUUGACGAGGCUGCAAAGCAGGCCCGCAAGCAGGACCUUCCAGUGGUUCACGAGCACCUUCAAAUCUCCUUGGAUUGGGAAAUGCAGCAAGCGGAGUGUCUGCAGUUUUUCUUCGAGUAUCUUCACCAGCUAACAGCAUUCGUGGCGCCUCGUAGGCAUCAGCACCAAGCUUCAGACAAAGCGCAAGUCGACUCAAACAUGAAAGUUGCUCAUUGGAUGCAGCUCGUGCCAGGUCCACCUUUGAGGUUGGCCCCGCCGUUGCCCCAAGCCCCUGAGUGGCCCACAAACACGGUCUGGCCUCAAUGGUACCUUGAUGCUUUCUGGAAUUGGUGUUGCACUUUACAAUGGGCGGCUGCAGGCCUUGCGCAGCAUAGACUAGCAGGGAUCUCGUAUCUGGAAUUGUUGGCGAAUUUUGUUCUCAUUGCAGGGGUCCUACCACCCAUAGCGUUACCGCAGAACGGAAUCCAGGGCAAGGAGUACAUCGACCCGCUGCUUGAAGAAGGCCAGUUGUGUGCAAUUAAUCUCCGAGAGAUGAUCGUCACCUUCCAGGCCACAGCAAAGGCAGUCUCCAAGAUUGCCGGCAGACAGGUGUGGCUUGCUCCUGCUCAUCACAAACUUCGAUGCUUGGACGUGCUCAUUCCAGGAUGUGUCCGUAAAGGCUUGUUGUACAGACCUGCAAUGCAGGAAAAUGAGAAGACUGGAGAAGGUGACAAGAAGUCCAUCUUCAACAGGGCACACCAAAGGUGUGGAGACGAGGUCGCCCGCGAGGCGCACAUUGGGAGGGGUGGGGUGCGGGGUGUGGUCAGCGCCGUCGUCGAAUUCCUCCCAAAGGGAGCAGAUCCCCGCGCCAUGCAGACUGCGCCACCCGCAGAGGCAUUCGUGCGGUCACAGCCAACCCUGGCCAUCACUGGACGACGGGCGUGGCUCGCCCCUGUGAGCUCAGAGAGGACGGAAAUCUACCGAGUCCUGGAGGUGUACCACAGAGAGCUUUUGGCCAGGCUCGACAGCCAGGAUGCGAUGCUGGGCCAGAUGUACAAGAAGCAGGCGGCCCUGCUCUCCUACGAGCCUUCCUUGCGUUUCUUCGGCGGCAGCCAGCUCUCAAGUACCGGCUCGAACAUCCAGAAGGAGACCGUAGAUCCAGAGUGGGAGCACGUCUGCGAGCGUCUUCGCGCUGCCGUGCAAGACUACUGCACGCAGGAGAUCCUGGCUACGGACGCAGUGCAGGUGGCUGCUCCGCUCUGGAGGUUUUCCAGUUCGGGCACGGUGCUGGUCGGUGGGGACCGCGUCUCCGGGGUCUGGGAAAAGCCCGAACGGCAGCAGAUGGCUUUCAUCUUCAACCGGUUGGAACACAUGCUGCGGCCGUUGAUCGUCUUCGGAGCACGGGAGGGUACCAGUUCAUUGGAGCGGGCGAAGGAGGUGGAGCAGUACCGUGGGAAACGGCUGUGGAUAGGCAGGCUCGGAGGCGAGCCUGGACUCCCGGCCACAGCAGACUUUGGCACGUGCGUAGUUGUGCCUGUUGUGAAGGGAAAGCAGGCAGUGUGCGAUUUCCGGCUCGUGUGUUCUGAUCUGACACGGACAGUGCCUGUGGACGAAACAUUUGCGUCCUGCUUAAACACGUCUGGCUACUGGCUUUCCAGUGUCAGCUUCUGGGCCAGUGUUCUAAGUCAAUUGUGGAGGCACGCCCUCGGAAGUGCCGGAGAUGAGGUUGUGACGCUAACUCCCACAGUUCCAGCCAACUCAUUGAAGGUCUCCGUGGCAUUUUUCACAUAUCGUUUCCUGUAUGGUGCAGCCGUGUUAUCAGCAGAUAUCAGGCAGAGAAGCUGGACAAAGCAACGAGGGAACCUCGGGGGCCACAACGAUCGCUGGAAUUACGCAGCGCUCCUUCUUCUCAAAGGCCCGUGCGGGGUAAGCAUCAACGCAACAGUGGCCCACCGAGCCGGUCCCAUGUUCAGGGGCUUCCAGGACAGGACAUCCGCAAGCCACGCAGCAGCGGCAAGCGCCUACCGUGCGGCCCCGGAGUAG